CAUCGUACAAAAAGGUAUCCGCUCGCCAGACAGGCGCGACAUAGUCUUGAAACUCAAGCUGUCCACCCAGGAACCUCACCCUCCCUCUCAGCCCAAGCUUCCUGGUUUAUCUACUCCAGCAACAGAGAAGCAUGACCAAAGCGGACCCAGUCAUCUGGCUUCCUCAGAGGAGAGGGACCUUAUUUCAUCCUAUGGCGAGUUGCCAUUAGUAGAACAGCAGGAAGUUAUAAACAGGCUUGAUACACUCAAGCAGCAACUUACACAUGUACUUCAAGAGAAAAUCUCCUCAAAUCCUGGUCAUAGCAACCUAUUAAAUCAAAGGAACGCAGUCAUAAAGGGGCUAACACCCCAGAAACCCCUGCCAAUCACUGGGACUCCAAUAACGGAUGAUAUGGCAGUCUGCCUGGCGGAAGCUCCUCAUACACCGUCGCAACGCAGACCCUCUUCACCUCUACUAAUAGAUUUGCAAUCAACUACCUCGUCCCUCGUCUUAAAGAGCAAUAUGCCAAACACCAUUUAUCCAGGUAAUCUGUCAAUGUCCUAUUCUUCCAUGCCUGACCUGGAGUCCUCAUUCAGUGCGGUCCAGGCAGAUGACUGUAUAUCCUCGUCCUUUGUCAGUCAACCUCGUUUGGUAGAACCUCUUGUAUCCGUAACCUCUUCAAGCCAAUAUAUAAACGUUAAGGAAGCCACUGUGCAAAGAGACAGCUCAGGCUUUAUUGAAGACCCUGCUGGCCACAUCAAUCAAAUUACCACCCCUUCGAUACCUUCGGCUGUAUCACGCCUGGCGCGGUCUCAGACCCUUGGCAAUGCUUCUUCCACCAGCAACCAGAGUAUCUGA